GGUGCUAUGGUGCCGCCGCCGCCUCUGUCGCCGCCUCUCUGCACGCUGCCGCCGGGGCCCGGGCCCCCGCGCUUCGUGUGCUAUUGCGAGGGGGAGGGAAGCGAGGACGGAGGCCGCGGCGGCUUCAACCUCUAUGUGACGGACGCCGCGGAACUCUGGAGCACCUGCUUCACGGCGGACAGCCUGGAGGCCCUCAAAGCCCGUUUGGGCCUGAGUGCGGCUGAGGAGAUCACCCCCCGGUUCAGGGCAGCCUGUGAGCAGCAAGCUGUGACUUUCGCCCUGCGGGAGGAUGGAGCAUCCCUAACCCUUUCCGGGGGGCCCUGGGCCCUGGAUUUUGAGCUCUCCAAGGUGCCGGGCCCAGAGGCAGCCUCCAGGUUGCAGGCACUGACACUGGGUCUGGCAGAGCAAGUGUGCAACUUGAAGAGGCAGCUGGCAGGCCUGCAGGUGGCAGCCGCCAGCCCCAAAAAGAGCCCUUGUCUGGCAGGGCCUCAGUUCUUCUUACCAGACCCCGACCCUCAGAGAGGUGGCCCUGGACUUGGGGUCAGGAGGCGGUGUCCGGGAGAGUCCCUCAUCAACCCUGGCUUCAAGAGUAAGAAACCAGCCAGUGGUGUAGACUUUGACAGCCCCUGAAGGCGCAGCACAAAGUGUGACACUGCCAGGAGUCUGCUCAUGCGGUGGGGACAGCCCCUGAGACCCCACAGCCCGUCCUGCUGCCAGAGGGGAACAAACCUGCUCCUCGGACCCCUUCCCCCUUAAAUAAAUGGCUUCCUCAGGUGGAGGAAACAGC